GAAAAUUACUGUCUCCAACGGAAUACGAUUCCCCACUCGUAGUCUGGUGCGCACGGAGUUUUUGAAUAAUUUUUAUUAAAUAUUAUGCAGUUCAUGCAAAUUGCUCUUGAAUCAUAAUUACAUGAUUCACGUCGAUAAUUCACCUCACAAAUUCUGUAGGUGACCAAACGUUUGGAGCUCUCGAUUUCCAGGUUUGAAGAUCGUACCUAUCUCCAAAGCAAUUAUUCAUUGUAAAUACCACUUUUUACGUCAAUAUCCAAUAGUCUAGAAUUGUUAAAAUACAACAUGGACAAAUUACGCUUUGAUGGACGAGUGGCAAUUGUCACUGGAGCUGGUGCAGGUUUGGGUAAAGCUUAUGCGUUAUUAUUUGCUGAGCGUGGAGCUUCCGUCGUUGUCAACGAUCUUGGAGGAAGUCGAUCUGGAGAUGGUAGCAGUAGCAAAGCUGCAGAUUCUGUUGUAGCAGAAAUCCGCUCUAAAGGUGGAAAAGCUGUACCCAAUUAUGACUCUGUAGUUGAUGGUGAUAAAUUAGUACAGACUGCACUUGAGAACUUUGGUCGUAUUGACAUAGUAGUGAAUAAUGCUGGAAUACUAAGAGAUAAAUCGUUUGCACGAAUAAGCGAAUCUGACUGGAAUUUGGUACAUGAUGUUCAUUUAAAAGGUGCUUUUAAAGUAACACAAGCUGCAUGGCCUCAUUUUCGUAAACAAAAUUAUGGUAGAGUUAUUGUCACAAGUUCUAAUUCUGGUUUAUAUGGAAAUUUUGGACAAGCAAACUACUCGGCUGCCAAAUUGGGUCUAGUGGGUCUUUGUAACACUAUGGCAAUUGAAGGUAGGAAAAACAAUAUCAACUGUAAUGUUAUCGUACCAACAGCAGCAUCUCGACUAACUGAAGAUAUUUUACCACCGGAUUUCUUUGCCGAAUUAAAACCUGAACUAAUUGCUCCUGUUGUUGUCUGGCUUUGUCAUGAGGACUGUGAUGAAAACGGUUCUAUUAUUGAAUCAGCUGCUGGAUGGGCUACAAAAUGUCAUUUGGUGAGAGGAACUGGUGCUAUACUUAGACACAAGAUUACAGACACAGUGGCUCCAGAAAAUGUCCGUGAUGUUUGGAAUCAGUUGACUGAUAUGUCCCAGGCAACUAGACUGGAUUCUAUUGAAGAAGCAUCUUCAACUUUAUUAGGAGUUUUAGAUGAAAUAAAAUCUGGUCCAGUAGAAACCUCAAAUGAAGCUAGUGGUGUGUUCAGUUACAAUUACCGAGAUUCCAUUCUUUAUGCUAUUGGAGUUGGAGCAAAUGUAAAAGAAGAAAGUGAUUUACAAUACUUAUAUGAAUCUCAUGAAAAUUUCUCUACAAUACCUACUUAUGCAGUUUUACCUAGUUUGAUGGCUACUAUGGGUAGUAGUGUAAUAACUGAGGCGAUACCUGGUAGAGAGUUUGAUUUAUCUCAGGUUUUGCAUGGUGAACAAUAUUUAGAACUACACAAGCCCUUUCCAACUGAAGCUAAACUUACAACUAAAAUUUGUAUUUCUGAUGUUUUGGAUAAAGGAAAAAAUGCUAUUAUUGUUGUUGAUGGUAAAACAUAUGAUGAAUUUGGUGAUUUGAUUGUCACAUCACAAAUAUGUACUUUUGUUGUGUCAGCUGGAGGAUUUGGAGGGAAACGAGUUUCAAGUGUUAUGAUUCCAAUACUUGAUGAACCUAAACGGUCUCCAGAUUCUACCGUUACUGAGAAAACUUCUGUAAAUCAAGCAGCCGUUUACAGAUUAUCCGGUGAUCUAAAUCCUUUACACAUAGAUCCAUCAUUUGCACUUGCUGCUGGUUAUCAAGUGCCAAUACUUCAUGGUUUAGCAACUCUUGGUAUUUCAGUAAGACACAUACUCAAACAAUUUGCUGAUAAUGAUUCAAAAUUAUUCAAAUCACUUAAGGUGAGAUUCAGUAAACCAGUUGUACCAGGCCAAACAUUGUGCACAUCAAUGUGGAGAGAAGGGAACCGCAUUCACUUCAAAACUACAGUAUCAGAGACAAACGACACAGUUCUAUCAGGCGCUUACAUGGAAUUACACGAAGUUAGAUUGCCAGCCAAGCCACAUGUGGUCUUGUGCUCUGGUAAAGUUGAAGAACUGCCUAGCGAUGCAGUAUUCGAGGGUAUGAAAGAACGUAUAGAAUCUAAUCCAAGCUUAUUAAAAUCUAUUAAUGGGGUCUUUGUUUAUCAUAUCACAAAAAGUGGUAAAGUCACUAGUACAUGGACCGCAGAUUUGAAGACUGGUAAAAUCUAUCGAGGAGAACCUGAAAAAGGCGUUAAAGCAGAUACGACAUUGACUAUUGAUGAUACAGAUAUGAUUGAUUUGGCUCUUGGAAAGCUAAAUCCUCAAAUGGCAUUUAUGAAAGGUAAAUUGAAAAUCAAAGGAAACAUCAUGUUAGCACAAAAAUUAAAAGCAUUAAAUACUGAGUCCAAAUUGUAAAGGUAAUUUAUUGUUUUGGGAAUUCGAGGAAUUUAAUUUAAUAUAAGGUUUAUGGUAUGGUGUUAAGGGUAGGGAUUUUGUCUUGGAUCAUUAUUUUAAGAUAAAGUAUUGUUGAACAUUUUUUAUAUCUUUUAUUUAUUUAUUUAUCUACAUGUUUAAUAAUAUUUUAUAUGUAAUUUGUUAAUUAUUAUUGUUUAAAUUUCUUUCUUUUUUACCGAGUGAUAUUUAUAAUAAAUGAAUGUAUUAUUUAUUAAUGGUUAUUAAUCUCAUUUAUCACCAUUGUUUGUGUAGUAUUUAAUUAUAAAACCGGUCAAAUAAUUAAUCCUUAAAAUAUUUCCUUAAACUUAAAUGUAUGUGGUUUUAUACAGUUACUAUUUUGUGUUAAAUAUAAAACAUUUUUAAUAUAUUAUAUAUUAAAUAAAGGAGAAUAUAUACAGUAAGAUGAAAACUCAAAUCAUAUAAUAACUUUGAUGUGUUACUUUAUUUAUGUCCAAUAAAAUAUUAAAAUACAAUACAAUAAGGAAAGAUAAACGUGCUGUAGGGCAAGGUGAAACCAUGGGGAAUGACGUCAACAAUAACAUAAAAUAAAAUAAUAAGAUAAAAAUAAACUAUAAAACUUUUAAAAA